AUGAAAGAAAAGAUCUCGCAAUUGAUACGUGGCUCAAAAGAAGAAGAAGCCGCAAAGGAUAAGCAGCCGGAACAAGAAGUUCCCCCACCUCCAUAUCAGGAGUAUGAUGAGGGAGACUCACAAGCACCUCCACAAACAAUUCCGUCGUACGGAGAGAAAGAUCAGGAAAAAGGGUAUCAACAGGGAUACGGUGGACAACCACAGCAGACUGGAUAUGAUAAUGCACCCCAAGGAUACCCACAGGAUUAUCCUCACGGCCAGGGAUACGGUUACCCACCACAAGGGUACCAAGGUGGGCAAUAUGACCCCAUGCAAGACCCCAAUGUGAUUAAGGUUAAGCCACAAAUGGUGAAUAUAACGCAAGCUAAUCCUGAACACCUUAAUCCUUCAUACCAACAGUAUCUUCAGAGAGAUGCGCAAAGAAUCCAGCAAGGUGAUUUUCCUAAGCCCCACGACUACUAUAAGCAUGGUGCGCCCUUGAGCGAAGGAAGGGUCAAUCCCAAGCUGAAAAGUGGAGGGGGAGCAUUCCCAGGUAGAAGCGGAGCCACAUAUGAUAGCGCUGCCAAUAGGUAA